AUGGUGAUGGAAGAGAGUGCCGAGAACUUAACUGCAAUCCAAACUGUCAAACUUACUAACGCAUGGCUGAAUCUUCUCAAAAGUGUGUUUCUGAGCACUCCUCGGGACCUUCCUGAAAUCAUCCUGAUACUGUCUUUGAUCUGUACUAUUGGAGCAUUUUUGAACAUGCAUCUGAAAGAUUUCCCAAUUCCUCUUCCUGUGAUACUAUUUUUAAUUGGAUGCUGUUUUGAAAUUCUGAGCUUUGCAUCUACCCGGAUACAGGUAUAUGCAGAGACCAUACAGUGGAUGGAUCCAGACAUGUUUUUUGGUAUAUUUACACCAGUAAUCAUCUUUAACGUUGCGUUUGACAUGGAUCUGUAUAUGCUUCAAAAGUUAUUGUGGCAGAUACUCGUAAUUACAAUUCCUGGAUUUGUGAUUAAUUACAUCUUAAUACUUUGGUAUCUGCAGUCUGUGAAUAAAUUAUCUUUGAAGAAUGUGCCCUGGUUUCUUUUUUCAGCUGUUCUUAUAAGCUCAGAUCCUAUGCUGACUGCAGCCGCCAUAAGAGACCUUGGUCUUUCUAGAAGCCUCACAAAUUUAAUUAAUGGAGAGAGUUUAUUGACCUCAGUUAUAUCUCUAAUUAUAUAUAAUGGUGUUGUACACAUCAACUACAAGUCAAAAUAUGUGAAUCAUACCCUAGCCUAUAAUAUCAUGACUACAGCCUGCUCGCAUAUUAUUGAAAGCUUCUUGUUUGGAAUCCUAAGUACAAAGCUGAUUCAGCUAUGGAUGUCUACCAUUUUUGGUGAUGACGUCAAUCACAUCACUCUCAUCUUUUCAGUUCUAUACCUCAUCUUUUAUAUUUGUGAGCUAGUUGGGAUGUCUGGAAUAUUUACUCUGGCCAUCAUCGGACUUUUUCUAAAUUCUACAAGUUUUAAACCAGGAGUUGAAGCAUUUCUCCUCGAAUUCUGGAACUGCCUGUCCUUUAUUGGUUUCCUUAUGGUGUUCACUUUCAUUGGACUGUUAAUCCCUGCACAGACUUAUUUGUAUAUAUCAUUUUCUGAUAUAUAUUAUUCAUUAAAUAUCUACUUCACACUGAUUGUUUUAAGUCUUAAGAGACAGGAAAGCCUACAUCUAAAGAAAACAUAUUUUAUUCCCAUCAGCCACUUGUAUGAAGGUUUUGAAAAAAAAUGUCCUAACUUGAAACAUAAAAUGUGGCACAAAAUCGGACUCGGCAUUACUGCCCAAAAGAUCCGGGAACACUUAUCUUUCGAGGACUGGAACUACAAGAUGCAGUUGAAACUCUGCAACCUCUUCAUAAGGGACAUACCCAGGAACACAAAAACCGACAUCUAUGAUGAAACCGUAACCCAUGUGGUCCUCAUCCAUGGAUCUGCGGAAGACUGUCAGUUGCGAAAAAUUUAUAAGGCACCUUUCCUAAUUCCGGUAACGUGCCACCAGAUACAAGGCACCGAAGACUUCACAAAAGUAAUGAUUAUUCAAACUUCAGUUGCUAUAAGAAAAUUCAGAUGGAACGUAAAAAAGUAUAUUCCACCUCGCAGAAUUUCUAUGAAACCAGAUUUUAAAAGAGAAUCACUUGAAACACUGGAAGAAAGCUCUGAAGAUGAGGAGGAUGUGAAGGAAGAGGCUCAAGAAAAUGAUGACUUGGUCGAAGACACUAAUAACCUCUAA